UGAGACAGUGGAGCGGGUGGUAGUGCAUACAUUUCUAUUUCGUUGUGACGGAGACUAAAAGGAGAAGCUGUCAUUUAAAGGUGAGGCUGCCCCCGACGUCGGGUCACCGGCAGCUGAGUGGCGACCGGAGCUUUGCACAGGUGUUCGCGAGAGACGUGAUGUUGUGGUGAGGUGGAGUCGCAGGAGCAAGCGGAGUGAGCAGGGGCGCCGCCCCUCCCCCUACACAGCACAGGAGCGUUGACCCGAGCACCAUGUGGCCCUCCACAGUGGCCCUGAUGGCGGCGGUGGCGGUGGCGGUAGCGGUGACGGCGGGACACGCCGCGGCCGCCGCCCCGGACCAGGAACCCGAGCUCGACGUCCUGGUCAACCCGUCUCCGCCGGCCACAGCCGCCGUCGUCACCGAGAACACGCGUGUCCUGCAGGAGCUGCCGGGCUCGCAGGGAACCAUCAACAACAACAGCAACAAUAGCAACAACAACAGCAACAACAAUAACAAGAAGAAGGAGCGGAGGAGGAAGAAGAACCGCAUUCAGGCGACGGAGGCCCCGCUGGCGCCGACGCGCGAGGAGGCCGUGGAGGAGGCGUUGGCGGAGGCCACGGGUCGCGGCCGGACGGAGGAGGAGGAGGAGGCGGAGUUGGAGGGCAGAGGCGCGGAGGGCACCGCCGCGGGCGCCGCGGGUGGAGCAGCGGUCGGGGGCGAGACGGAAGGCCCGAGCGAGGCGGAGGCGGAGGCGACGGCGACGGCGGAGAUGGCCAAGGCACGCAUCGCCUACAGCCAACCGUGGCUGAAUAAGACGUACCGCGCGCGCGAUGACUUCAACGCGCGCGGGAUGGAGCACCUGUACCUCAUCACCAACCUGUUCCUCGACCUCGUUCACCGCGAGGAGGAGGUCCCUGAAGAGCUAAGAGCAGUGGUGUCGCAGGAGCUGUCCCAGCCGUCCUUCGACCAGCAGCAGGCCAUGCGCGUCGUCUCGGAGCUGGAGGCCAACUGGGACGUCCUGGUGAUCCACUACAUCGGCCUGGUGUCCCUGGUGGUCCUGGGCGCCCUCAUGGUGGUCGUCAUGCCCUUCAGCGGCCUUGUGUUCGCCUGCUGCCGCUGCGCCGGCCGCUGCGGGGCUCAGGAGCCGCACUAUGACAAGAAGCGCGACCCUUGCAAGCGCGUCACCCUCGGUACCUUCUUAGCCACCCUCGUCGUCGUCAUUCUGCUGGGGCUGGUCUGCACUUUCGUAACCAACGCGAGGAUCGAGGACGGCGUGCAGAAGCUGCCCCGCGAGUUACGCACCGCCCUCCACGACACAAAGCUCUUCCUCAACAACACCGACAGCGAGGUGCAAAAUCUUCUGGUGAGCAACUAUAGAGAGCUGCAGGAUGUGCUCUUCAACAAGCUGGAUAGCAGUGGUGAAUUGGUGAAGAGUGAGCUGGCACGAGUGACCAAAGCUGUGGCAAUAGACAAUCUGACUGCUAUAGUGACUAGUCUAUCAGCAAUCAAGAAAGACCUCUGGACCAUCAAAAAUACUACACUCCAACUGCAGGACCAGACUUCUAAUCUACAGAGUGGACUUGGUGAUGUUGCUCGCAGGUUGCGUGAGCUCCAGGAGUCUUGUGAAGCCUUGCCAGACUGCCAGGAGCUCAUUACACAAUAUGCUGAUCAACUCAGAAUCAACAAUGAAUUUGACCAGUACCUGGAGACGGAUGUUUUGCCUCAGCUGCCUAAUGUUGAAUCAAAAUUGGAUGAAGUGAAGUCACUCAUAGAAAAUGACAUAGAAAUAGCAGUUAAGCGAGGCAAGAGAGCCUUCGACUCCAUUGCAACCGAGAUCCAAAAUAAGGUGCAGCGUUCUAUCCCGGAGAUCAAGGCCAAGAUCCUUGAUGCAGGAGGUGAGCUGGAGGAUGCAGCAGAGAGCAUCCAUAGAACAUUACAGCGUGUUGACACAAAACCAAAAGAAACAGAAACAUACAUAAGAUUAUUGCAGGAUGGGAUCAAUGAGUAUGCUAUGUAUAGGUAUUGGGGCUUCAUGGGGCUCUGUAUAUUACUGUUGGUGAUCACCCUCUGCUUCACACUGGGUGUGGUGUUUGGAUGCUGUGGUCGGCGACCCGAUGAAGCCUCGUCUUGCCAUAAAGCAACUGGGGCAUCGUGGCUCAUGUGUGGUGUUGGUCUGACAUUCCUGUUCUCAGCCCUGAUCAUGGCAGCAACCACAGCACUUUUUGUGUUGGGCAGCAUAAGUGAGAUCCUUGUGUGUGACCCCCUCGCUGACCCUACGCGCUCUGAAGUCUUUAAUGCUGCUGCAGAAUUGUACAACCUUAACAGCCAUUAUCCUCCUGGUCAAGCCCCAAGCAUAACUGAGAUUAUCAGUAAGUGCCACAACAACCAGAGUCUGUACUCUGUGUUGAGUCUGAAUCAUGUUGACAGUAACCUCGCCCGACUUCAGGAUUACAAGAAGAACCUGAAUCUCGAUGAAAAGAUCGAGCAGCUGAUGCUUCAAAUCACUGUGGACACCGAUGUGGAGAUCCUCUCCCGAAACGCCAAGGAACGUCUAUGGGAACUUGCCAACUCCUCUGUUGCUGACAAGGAUACCUGGGACUAUUACACUGAGAUUCUUGAAAAGAGGGUGUUGAAGAUUGACCUGAUGGACCUAGCCGCUCUGCUUAACCAGACAGCUGAUCAGCUUCCAACUGGCUAUGAUCAGGUUUCAUUCAAACUCAAAAAUGAUGCUCUUUUCCUUGAGGGUCUGCAACGAUGGGUAUCCUCCAUUGGUCACCUAACAAGGAACCUGAACAAGACAACAGCCAGACUCAAUGAACACCUGAAGUUCAAUAAGACCAGCCUGCGCGAAGCCAUUGGCGAUCUCAUCAGCCAGGCAGAAUUUGCUCAGCAGUACCUUCGCAUCAAUGGUUCACGAGAGGUCACCGAGCUUGUCGAACGAUUUUCCAAGGAUUUCCUUGCUGAUGUGGAUGAAUAUGUUCUGCAUGUGGAAACAGCAGUUGAGAAAGAUGUUGGGCGAUGUGGCCCAGUCUCUACUGUCUAUAAUGCGACAACUUCUUCCCUGUGCAAGGACAUCAUGUAUCCCUUUAAUGGAUUCUGGGCAAGUGUUGGAUGGGUAUUCAUAUUCUUCAUCCCGGCAAUGAUUCUCGCUGUGUAUCUAUCAUCAUUGUACCGCAAGACCGAACCAUACCCCGGACCUCUCAAUGAGUCCGAAUACUUGUAUGAUGCAUAUGAUGAGAGGAACAGCUUUCCUAUGUCCAACCAAGAGUCCAUGUAUGACGCCUAUGCUGAGAGGGACAACAUUCCCCUCACCACCAGUGGGUACGACAAGAAACAGCGCCGUCGCUCCCGAGAAUACGAGGGCCAUGUAGGGAGCAGCUAUGCUACUGACCAAGCGUACGGGGGCUCUCGCAUGUCACCCCCACGGAUAGAGUACACCAACCCCACCGACUGGGCAGACUACCCUCCAGGCGGCGGCCCCCCCCGCUACUCCAGCCAGCCCAGCCUCUCCCCGGAAUACGAAAGACCGCCUCCGUACUAUUACCCCGGGCCAGGACCGCAGUAUUAUGGGGGACCCCCCCCUGGGACAGGGCCAGCCGCCGGGGGGAUGCAAGUUCACCCGCCCCCCCCUGGCAACCCCCCGGCUGGGCCUCAGGGCCCCACAAACUUCCUGCACGGCCCGACCCCCUGGAAUCCGAAUCAGCGCACCAUCAAUCUUGGCGGCUGGAAGAUAUCACCAGCCUACUCUCGGGACGAAUAUGAUGCGUAGUGGCCAAGCGUUCGGCCGGCCAUCUGCACUCUGCUUGAUGCAUAGAAGUUACCUGAAAAGUAAAAAUCCCGAGGCUGGUGAUGUACCAAAGUAUGUUAAGCGGAAGGAGACUAAACAUUACAUCCCCUAGGAAAAAACGAAACAAAAAACAAAACAAAAAAAAUCAAUGAAGAAAAAAUAUGAUUAGAGGAAGUCACAGGAACGAUUGAUUUAUGCCCCCUCCCUCCUCCCUCCCCCCCCCACACACACACAUCAAGCAGAAUUUUCCAUGUCCCAGUUUCUGAACCUCCUCUUCCCUUUUACCCUCAUAGCCCUUUUUUUUUUAAAUAUUAUUAUUGUUAUUUCAUUGUAUGACCCCCACCCCCCCUUAUGAAAUUGAUGGGUGUGCCAGAAUUUUAUCUGUCACACUUAUAAUUCUUCUUUUCGGAGGGAUGGUCUUAGAACAUUCCAUACUGACAAAUUACAAAGUAUUCUUUGCCCUGUUUUUUUUCUGUUUCUCUAUCUUUUUGGUGUGUUUGUGUGUAGAUUUUUUUCAUUGUUAUUUCAUCGACUAGAAGAAUGGAGUGAAGCAGAGUUACAAAGACCUAUUUAUUGCAACAUGAUAUCUCCAUGAAGGCGAUGUUGUUUGUUGUCUACAUUUAUAGAUGUAAUAAAAGUAGCAGGACUUAUAUUCAAAGAGAAUUUCAUACCCGUUAAUCAUCUGUGAAUGACUGUAUUCAAACUGCCAAUUUGUGUCUCCCUGUUAAGUGUACGUAGAUUUUCAAGCUUAAAACUGUAGUUGCACAUAGAGAGAAAAGAAAAAAAAAUUGCUUAAAGGAAGACUAGUGCUACAUAGUAUUUAGAGUUAUGAUGAGGUUGGUGGAUCUGUGACCGCAGUGAUAGGAUGAUGCCCUCAUGCGAUAGGCCCUUCCCACAAGUAUUCAGAUAUUAGACUCUUUUGUGACUCCUGCUGUGUUGUUAUGAAUGAAGUAAUUGCUUUGAUUCCACAAGGUUAACACUGGAAGAAGAAGCUGCUGCUGUUGCUGCUUGGUACUUCGGUAUGUCAGUUCUUACCUAUACAUUGACGUGGCAAGCAGCCUUUUCACCUUUGUUUCUUUCUGUAUAAAGACAUUACCUCAUUUUCUGUCCUGAGUUGGAGUGCUUACUGGGCAUGUGCGUGCAAGGAAAAAUCAGGACCAUAUUUUGAAGACUACAUUUGAGACAAGCAAGUGAACGUACAGCUCAGUAUACCAAGAAAACAAAGAGAAAAGAAAAAAGGAAGAAAGGAUUUUGUUUUUUAUUGGAAUCCACCGGUCAUCAGAUGAUCUAAAUUGUUGAGAACUUCUGUGUAUGUAUUCAUGGCAUUGAUUCUCACAAGUUCUGUUUGUCUUCUGAGAGUGUUAAAAGUCUUGAGGCUUGUUUGUUUUGUUUUCUUUAUUGUCUAAUUUUAUAAUCAAUAUAAUGUUAUCACUGAUUACUAUUAGACAAUUUUGUAAAUGACUCCAUUUUACAAGAUUUUGAAAAAUCUGCUCGUUCAAAUGUUCUGGGUGGAGAUUGUGGCGAGACUAGUGAUAUUACGCUUUUUAUUUAACAUGUUGUGAAGGCUCAUUUCCCUUUGUUAUGAGGUAGAAAGGGGAGCUGUAAUUAUCAUAUGUCUUGUGUGAUUGUAUAUCAUUACUCUCCUCACAAUUGCUUUUAGUGAUUGUAUCCAGAAAUAUAAUUACUGUAAUAAUCCUAGGUAUCAUGAUCAUAAGUGUCAAAUGCUACUGUUUAUGGAAGGCACAUCCUUAACUUAGUUUAGUAAGUGAUAUUUGAUACUCAUUGUAUGUUAGGCACAGAUUAAACCCUCCAGCUAGUUAUUUCCAACAGAAGUAAAACAGAAAAAACCUUGUUAUUCCCAGAGUCAUUGCUUGAAUAUUGCUGAAAAGUGUGCAUGCAAAAAGAGGUCCUUUUGCAUCUCACUCCCUGUAAAGUCAAUUGGAUUACUGCAACAUUUAUUUUUUAAGUGGGAUAAAUAUUAUGGGAUUAACAUGGUUUGAAUAAUCCCUUUAGCCUAUUAUAAAUGUGAAUUGAAACUUACCAUGUAUAUUUAAAUAAAAACAAGAAAAAAAUUCUAAGUCAGCAGUAAUAGCUUAGACUUCGAGGACCUUUCUACCAUCUUACAAAACAUAUCCUCUCAUUGUGUGCAGAGAUUGUAUCUUGCAGAACAGUAUAAAGUUGUCCAUAUUGUGUUGUUUCCAACCAUCUCCACAUGAAUGAACUGGCUGCGACUAAGAGUGAUAUUGUGUGUGUAUAUUAUGCUAGACACUGCAGACAAGGAGCUCACAAGUGGGCUGUUGUUUUUUUUAUAUCAGCAGAUGAUAUGUGGAUUUUGUAACUUCUUGCUGAUUACUUUCUCCCAGCUUUUUUGAUAAUCACACUGAGUAUCGGUCUGUGUUUGCUUUUAAGGUUUGUUUGUUUGUUUGUUUUUCUUCUCAGAAAAAAAGUUGAUGUACAUAAAGUAGUGGAAACAAAGAAUGGUUUAACUGAUUUAUCAUGCCUGUUUAACUGUUGAUAGUAUGAUCGUGUCACUUUUAUUUAAUGAUCAUGAAUGAAUAGUUAAGGCUAUAGAACUGGGAGUUUAUCUGUGAAUUCAAAUCCCUGCACUUGUCUGAGCUUAACCUUAGAUAUCAGUUUUCCACCAUUCAUAUUAUUCAAGGAAUCAUUUCCUUCUUUUGUGUUCUAUUACUCAGAAUGUAAGAUAUGGAUAGUAUUGCAGUGUACUAUAUUUAGUUAACUUUUUGUAAUAUAUAUAUAUGGAAAUUGAAUAUUGUGAUGGAUAUUCUUCUGUUUUAUUUCAUGAAGGACUAGAAGUAAUGUUAUUUUAAUAUUGUUUUGGUAAAGUUUUUUUUACCUAUUCUACAACUGCUUUUAAGAGCAAUGAAGUUAUUUUCCCAUCAUGGGUCAAGUGAACUCCAAGGUCACUCAAUUGUCCGAGAUGCUGAUUUGACUCUGGAAAUUUUUGGUGUAUGCUGCUGCUCACAGCUGCUCUUAAUGGAUGUUAACUAUGUGAUCAUAUAGUUCUUUUAAUGCCAUACAUUGUAUUUGCUCACUAAGUUUAACAUUAUUUAUGUAGAUAUCAAACUCUUGAUAUUGUCAGUCAUAUGUUUCCUUUUUUUUUUUUCUUUUUCUUUUUUUAAGAAGAAAUUCACGAUCGUAGAGGUGCAGACACCAGCCUCCCACAUUUGCCACUCUGAAUGUUACACAAAAAUUGGAUAUAUCUUGAGUGAUGAGAAAAGAAUAAGUCUCCUUGAAAUUAUUAGCAAUAGAUCAAGUGAUCAUUUGUAUCAUUUAGCAGUAAAAUGUAGUUUCAUGCCAAAAUGUUUUACAAUAUCUACUGCAACAGCAGAAUGUUGUUAAAUCAUGAUAUGAAUGUGUAUAUAUACAGAUUGAAUGUAAGAAUGAAUGAUGGUCUCAUGUACUUGAACAUGUACCUAUGUCCUGUGUGAUUUUUAUAUUAUUCUGCAGUUUUCCUGUGUCAGGUCUCAAUAAUACAUGAACCUUUUUAUAGAAAA